CAGGUGAUGUUGCUCUUUUACCCAGCUAGCUCAUUAUCAGGCAGCCAUCUUCGUCAACACCCAUUCUGCUGUCUGUCAGAGGAGCAGCGACUCACCGCCUGCACACAACCAAUCCUGUGAGGGCUAGCCGAACGAGAGGAGAGGAGAGGGGCAGAGGCAGAGCCCACCAAAGGGAGAGGCUGUCAUUCCAGCAGAGCAGAGACUUAGCGCUGUUAUCCCAGUACGCAGGCUGCGCCCAGGCAGACACCUAGCGUUGUUAUCCCAGUAACCAGGCCGCGCUGCAGAGGAAAAGAGGAGAGGGCAGGGCUGCGGCUUUUGUUGAGACAGACCCACACUGGUGGCUUUUCUCCUCACUCCUCCGUUUAAAAAGUGCUGCUGUUUUUCUCUCUCUUUUCAUUCCUGUUCUUAUUGUAUCUAGGAAGACUGCUGUCGUUCGGCACAGAGAUUUUUUUUCUCUCCCUUUUCAUUCCUUUUGUAUCUGGGAAGACUGCUGUUGUUCGGCACAAAUUCUCCAUCCCCCCCCACCCCUCUUUGCGGCCUUUGCGUCGCCUGGACAGAGAGAGCGUUCCUGCUUUGUUGCCGUUCGUCUCUCAGCCCUCUUUAUUCGCUGAGUCAUCAUGGCAGACGUGACGCCUCAGGCCGAUGCACCGACUCCCACCACUGACAAGAUCACGCAGGCGGCCCGGGAGACCAUCUAUCUGUGUAACUUCCGCGUGUCGGUGGACGGAGAAUGGCUCUGUCUCAGGGAGCUCAACGACAUCUCUCUCACUCCAGACCCAGAGCCGGCCCACGAAGAUCCGAAGGACCCUAUAGCAAUCGAGCGGUUGAACCUGAUGAACAUGGCCAAGCUGAGCAUCAAGGGUCUGAUUGAGUCGGCCCUGAACUUGGGCAGAACCCUGGACUCGGACUACGCUCCUCUACAGCAGUUCUUCGUUGUCAUGGAGCACUGCCUCAAACACGGACUCAAAAACAAGAAGACGUUCCUGGGGCAGAACAAGUCUUUCUGGGGGGCCUUGGAGCUGGUGGAGAAACUCACCCCUGAGGCUGGAGAGAUCACGGCCAGCGUCAAAGACCUGCCAGGACUCAAAACCCCGUUAGGAAGAGGGCGGGCCUGGCUGCGAUUGGCCCUGAUGCAAAAGAAGCUGUCAGACUACAUGAAGACCAUCAUCAACAGGAAGGACCUGCUCAGUGAGUUCUACGAGGCCAAUGCGCUCAUGAUGGAGGAGGAGGGAGCCGUGAUUGCCGGGCUGCUGGUUGGGUUGAACGUCAUCGAUGCCAACCUCUGUAUGAAGGGAGAAGACCUGGACUCACAGGUCGGGGUGAUAGACUUCUCCAUGUAUCUUAAAGACGGAGGUCACAGCAGCAAGACAGUAGAAGGGGAUGGACAGAUCACAGCCAUCCUGGACCAGAAGAACUAUGUUGAAGAGCUCAACAGACACCUGAGUGCUUCGGUCAACAACCUGCAGGCCAAAGUGGACACUAUGGAGAAGUCCAACACCAAGCUCACUGAAGAGCUUGCAGUAGCCAACAACAGGAUCAUCACCCUACAAGAGGACGUAGAACGAGUCAAGGAGGAGAGCUCCUACCAGCUAGAGUCCAGUCGCAAGGCGUCGCGGGCAGGGGACGGCUUGGCAGACGGCCAGGUGCUGGGAGAGGCACGCAAACAGCUGAAGGAGGAAACUCUGCUACGAUUGGAUGUAGAGAAGGAGUUGGAGGUUCAGAUCGGUAUGAAGCAGGAAAUGGAGCUGUCUAUGAAGAUGUUAGAGACGGAUAUGUGUGAGAAACAGGAUGCUCUGGUGGAGCUCCGACAACAGCUGGAUGAUCUCCGGACCCUCAACCAGCAGCUAGCGCAGAAGUCCCAGAGCUCGGAGGUGAGCGGCAAGCAGAAGAGUGAGGUCAUCAGUCGCCUAGAGGAGAAGACCAAUCAGAUGGCUGGGACUAUAAAACAGCUAGAGAUCAGUGAGGAAGACUGUGUGAAGCAGGCCAGAAGCUUGAGUUCCAACGCAGAGAAACUGCUUCAGAAGCAACAGUAGUCCUCCCUCCCCGCUCUUCUGUUUCCCAGAAUGACACCCACAUCAUAGUUUGAUAAACCCUGAUCCAAAUCAGAAAACCAAUAUUUGCAUAAUAUAGAAAUUACUUAAAGGGAUAUUUCAGGAUUUUGGCAAUGAGGCCAUGUAUCUACUUCUCUAGAGUUAGAUGAACUUGUGGACACCAUUUUGUACGUCUCUUCGUGCAGUUUGAAGGAAGUUUCUAACUAGCGCUAGCGCAAUUGCUAACUAGCGUUAGCGGAAUGACUGGAAGUCUAUGGCAUCUGCGAUCAUGCUAACUAAUGUUAGCGCAAUGACUGGAAUGCUAUCGGGUCUGCUAGCAUAUACCAUAGACUUCCAGUCAUUCCGCUAAUGCUAGUUAGCAACUUUCUUCAAACUGCACACAGAGACAUUAAAAAUGGUAUCCCCGAGUUAAUCUAACUCUAGGGAAGUAGAUAAAGGACCUCAUUGCCAAAAUCCUGGACUAUCCCUUUAACUAGGUUACUUAUUUUUUUGGUAUGACAUCUGUUGCGGUUCCUUUCCUUCUCUAGUGUUAAAUUACAUUUUCUUUCCUAAACCUCUACUCUCCUGACUGAGACAGUGUCUCUGGCUUCCUCUAGCCUCAUUUUCUGUUCUUCCAUGUGUUUUUAUGUUGGUAUGCUAGCAGUGCAGAGGGGGGGCUCCACUCUGCUCGCUGAGUUUCAGGACUUUAGCUUGGGUUCAUUCCUGAUGAUGAUAAUAAUAAAGAUAUCAGAUCCCCCACAUGUAAUGAAUGUUCCCUGAUACAAGACUUUGAGUUUGGGAUGUCAGCCAUUUUCGGGAAGAGAGAGAGAGGUGUACUAUUCUGAAAAAUGUAACUGGAUACUGCUGUUUCUUGUAAAUGGACUCCCUGAAGCCCCCUACAGUCAAGAAUUGGCAAAAAAAAAAAAAAAAAAAUACCAUAAAGAUCUGUGUAUCAAAAAUAAACGACAAAAUACUUAAAAUACAUGUAUUUUGUAUUUGUAUACAGAAAUACAUUUGCAAGUAGGCGGUCCGCGAACAGCAACAAAAUCCUCACGUUUUACUUGCUAUGACUGUGACUGUGAUAUGUUGUUAUCUACCUUAGUCGAAUGCACUGACUGUAAAGACGUCCGUAUGCUUCCCUUCCCGAACACUAAGGACAGUUCAUACGUGUAUAUUACGAUGACAUUUUGGCCCGUUUUUUUUUCUUCUAAAAUUGCGGGACUAGGAUCUCCUCGGCAAAAAAAACGGCAAUGACGGAUUUCUUGAGUUAUCUUAAAUUCGUUCUAACUAUUUUGAGGAAGUGGCUACGGCAUCUUAAGAUGGACAAACAGUACUAUUGCCGCUUUUUUUUUUCUCUCUCGUUUUUCAAGCAAAGGACUUAAAGGAAGUAUGCGAGCACACUAGUUUAGCAAGGCGCCAGACAAACCGAAGGAUGCGGAAGGCUUGAGUGACCAAAAUGUAUUAUGAAAAUGAACAGACCAAAAUGAACUGCAAAGCACACUGGGUAUUAUUAUUAUUAUUAUUGGCCUUUUUUUUUCUGGGGCGGAGCUCAUUCAAAUAAUACUCAGCAUGCUUUGCAAUUCUUCAUUUUUACGUAUACAUGUAUGUUUAGAUCAUUCAGCAGACGUUCUUAUCACACCGUAGUGCCAUCAAACGACUGAUACCAAUUCAGGGUGAAAGGGGGCCACAAAAUCGUGAAUUGCUAUAAAAAAAUAAAAAAAUGGUAUAGAAAAGUAUUUCGAAAAUACGAAUGACAUCUUUCGAAAGUAUCUUGUUACAGAAUACAUUGGAGUGUAGUUUAGGCCGGUGAAAUAAUACAAAUUUACAAAAUACUUAAGUAAUUGAAAUACAUAUUUCAAAUACAUGUAACAGAAAUAUAGCCCAUCUCUGCCAACAGUAGCAUAGGUCCUAAGCUUAGACUAUAAGGACCGUAGGCUAUACCUCAGAGCCUGUUACUAUAUAGAUACAGUGGGGUCUGAAAUUAUUGCCACGCUUGAGUACAAGGAGCACUAAUUACCGUAUAAAAGAAAUCAUACUGAGAUAUAUUGUAUGCUUGGGAUAUUAUUUUAUACAAAUAUACAAUUGCUCAGAGAAAGACAUUUUUGCUUAACAAGUCAUCUAUUUUUAUUUUGUGGAUUUUGAUGUGUGCUUGGGGUUAUCGUCUUGCUAGAAGACCCGCUUGUGUUCAGAGUUUCAGUCUCCUGUCAGAUGCACCCAGGUUUUUGGCUAAGAAAUGUCCUGGUACUGGUUACAUUUCAUGACGCUAUUGACCAGAGGAAGCAAAAUAGCCCCAAAACAUCAAAGAUCCACCAUCAUAUUGUACAGUAGUUAUGGGUUUAUUCUCUGCUCAUACAUUCUCAUUUAGACACUAAACCCACCACUGGUGUGUGGCCAAGGUGCUCCAUGUUCCUGUCAUCCAACAAAUGUAAACGUUGGGAGUUUGAUAAACGGCAUUUGCACCUGGAUUGUAACCGGUGCUUUGGUCAGAUGACCUGAACACAGAGGUUUUGCUUCCACUGGUCCUGAGGCUCUUUGUUAAGGUCAGUGGCAUCAUGGAACUCUACCCAGUAGCCAGUCUCUGGAUGUGAAACCCAUUUAAAACAUCUGAUUUGAAUUCAAAAGGGCAGUCUGACUGUAUGCCCCUUCCCUAUUUAAACAAAAUCUUAUUUUUCUGAGCAAAUGUUUUUUUUUUUUUUUUAAACGUUUUUUAAAAAUUAGUUUAAAAUAAUCUUUUUUUUUGCAUACAAUAUAUCUCAACAUUUUAAAUAUUUAUUAUGUACAGUCAGUUUUGCACAUCUUUAUCAAAGGUGUCAAUAAUUUAGGACCCCACUGUAAAUACCAUAGGAAUGCAUAAGUGUAUAUUGCUCCGGUGUACAGCCUAUGUUCUAAGAGCGGCCCUACAGACAUCGGUCCUUAGACCAGACACUAAGCCCAACUCAAGUCUAAACCCCAAGGUUAAAAAAGAUAACACAGUAAUUACAGUAUAACGACGUCGGACUCCAUACAGUACACACACAGUUUGGUAGUUCUGCUUCCUCCUCUAAUCAGAAUUUUGUCAAAAGAAAAUAUCAUCUUUAGCAUUCAGAUCAUCGUUCUUCUAUUGCCUACCGAUGGAUUUAACAAGGUCUUACUGCUAAAGAUAAACAACAUAUAUAUGUGUGUGUGUGUGUGUUGUUUUUGGGAAUCUCACCCCAGAGCACUGAACAACACAUCUACCAUUGAACAACAACCCAAAUCACCAUGUAAGGAUGUACUGGUUGUGUGAAAGGUCAGUCCAGAUCAGAAUGAGAAUGCUAAAGUAUUCCCAGAGAGAAGCAAGUUUAAAAGGAAAUGCCGUGUAUGUGGAUCUAUUUACCUUAAUGUCAACUGUAGUCAAUACUAUUUACCUUUUAGAUGUCAAUACUAGCAUAAUAAUAAAAAUAUUCAAUACAAA